CGCAGAAGUCGCUCAUUGUGUGUGUGUGGGUUGUGUCGAUGCGACAAUCCUGCGCCUUGUUUUUAUAAUCCCAGGAGCUCUCAGUUGUGUUGAUCAGAGCUGCAUGAUUGCGCAACUAGAAUCUUAACUCAUAAGACCUGCAGUGAGUGAGUGAAUGAGUGAGUGGGAUCCCCAUCGACCACAGUUACAGUCCUGCUGCCGCUGCUGCUGUUAUCAGCCUGCAGCGUUUUGAUCUCGAGUACGGUGCCAAUGUGCGGCCGAGGAUCGUCAUUCGAGGGGACCGAACAAAACAACCAAAAGCUCAAAAAGCCAACGCCAUUAUCAGCAUGUCGUGAUCGCUGCUGGGGCUACAUGUUCUGCUUUUUAAGCUUUGUGGGCGAUUCUCUCAAGGGAUGGGAGGUGUCGAUUGACUGAGGAAUUCACUCCAUCGCUGACAUAAGGAUGUGGAUGUGGAUGUGAAUGCGCGCUGUGGCUCCAUGUAGGAUUUGAGCGCCGGACGCGGGGGCAGAUGUCCUUGGAUGAUGCCUGGAGGAUUUUUUUUGGCACUGGCGAGUGAGUAUGCGGGGACGGUAAUAUGUCUGUGGGAUUUUCUCUCCGCAGACCAGGUGAUUGCCUGUGACUACUCCGGCGCAUCCUGAUGUGGUUGAAGGUGGGAGUGAUGACAAUAUCCGUCAUCUCUGGAUUUAAAGAAGUUAAAUGAAUAGCUGACAAACUGCUGAGAGUCAAGUACACUUCCGUCGUUGCUAUUCAGAUUGACAUGGGACCCGACGAGGAAAGAAGGAGGAAGCUAUUGACAGUGUGAAUUGGCAGCAUGCGGAAGUCCGAGAGAAGGCGGUGAGUGUUCCCGUUUAGAUCUUCUACACUUGGCGUUAGAGCCACUUUUAGAAUUACUAGCUAAGCACAGCACAACAAUUACGAGGAGCGGACCGACGAGGCAUCGGUGCAGGAGUACCUCGAUAUUCUCGAGAUGAAGCACUAAAGCAGCACCAUGAAAUUUGACAAAAGACGUAGAAGUUUUCUGGGUUUAUAUCGUUAAUUUCAGGGUUAUUAGCUACGAUUCUUGCGCGUUUAUUUAUUCGCGCGUAUAUAUAUAUAUUUCUGUCAUAUAAUAUGACUUCGAAACUAACGCUGCGAAGACUGGAAGCGCGAGAAAGUGGGAAAUAUUGGAGGAAAGCAUAUUGUAGUGGCCAUAGCCUUGGGAUCACGUUGCUACUACCUCUCAGCGCAGGACUUAUCUUAUUUUGCUUCAUGAUCGUUGACACAAAGACGCUCUACGGUAGCAGCGGUACGGAGGACUUUGUUCUGCAGAAGGGUUUGGAACCUGAAUCGUUGUUCAGUCAUGAAUCCGAAGAACGCAUCGAAAUGCGUGUGACACCUCGCACGGCAGUUAAUGUCGAGUGGGGUAAUGGGGACUCAUCCGAUGUCCAGGUCGACGAUUCAAGCAAAGUGAUGGAGUCGAUGGAGAAUUUCGAACCAGCAGCGGAUGGCACUAAUUCCGCCGAGGUAGGAGAAUCACAUUUCUCCUCAAGUUACAAUAAUGAGUACCUUCUUUCAAAGCCCGAGGAUUCCGAGCAGCCGCAAUCUGAUGUAAUAGUCACGACGGAUGGUGCAGCGACGAAUGGCACAGUACACCGAUCAUUAGUCGGUUGUGAUAUUUAUCACGGUCGGUGGGUGUAUGAUGAUACAUAUCCACUAUACAGAUCCAGGAAUUGUCCUUUCGUGGACAGAAGUUUUCGGUGUGAGGAGAAUGGUCGACCCGACACUGAUUUUAUGAAAUAUCGCUGGCAACCUGACGAUUGUGACUUGCCCAGAUUCGAUCCCAAAGAAAUGUUGAAUAGGUUACGGAACCAACGGCUUGUGUUUGUUGGCGAUUCUUUGGGGCGGAACCAGUGGGAGUCUAUGUUGUGCAUGCUUGCAGAAGGUGUGCAAAACAAAUCACGGAUUUAUGAGGUUAAUGGUCAGCCCAUAAGUAAGCACAUUGGUGAGCUGUUAUUUCGAUUCGAAGAUUAUAAUUGUACCGUGGAGUAUUACAGGGACACUUUUCUUGUUCCACAAACACGACCUCCUCCGGAUGUACCAAGUAACGUGACGAGUAUACUUAAGCUCGACCAAGUGUCAUGGAGUGUUGGAAAUUGGCCCGGAGCCAACAUCAUGGUAUUUAAUUCAGGUCACUGGUGGUCAUGGGAGAAGAUUGGGCGCCAAGGUGGCCGGUUUUACAUGGGGAACAACUUGACGACCCACAGCAUUGAAGAUGCAUUUAGAACUGGUGUGAGAACUUGGGCAUCAUGGAUGGAACGUAAUCUUGAUCCUGAGACUUCUCAAGUCUUUUUUCGAAGUUUCGCCCCAGUUCAUUUUAGAGGAGGAGCUUGGAAUAAAGGAGGUCAUUGUCAUGAAGAGGUCAAGCCAUUCACCGACGAGGAGGUAAACGAGAUGCAGGAAACACCCUGGACCAACAAGCAUAUCAUUGAUGCAAUCAAGCAGAAAAUUAAGAAGAAAAGAAGUGCUGUCGAGUUCAUGGAUAUUACAACGUCUACGAACUAUAGGGCUGAUGGACAUGCAGGACUGUAUGGAAUUGAUACCAACGUUCAUGGACUUCCUCCAAAGAAUCGUCAGGACUGCAGUCACUUCUGUUUGCCUGGAGUUCCUGAUACAUGGAACGAGCUCUUGUACGCUUCUUUAUUAGCCAGGGGUCAAGGUGUUUGGGGAGAACCCAUCAGGUAUUGAUUUUUUCAUUGCUCGCCGUCCAUACAAUCCCUGUGCAGAUCGUAGAAAUAGCUAGUCACUGAGAAAUUAACGGCUUCAGAAUUUAGAUGUGCACCGUGAAAUUUUAUCUGAUUCUGGGAUUGCCGUGUUUGAACCCUCCUCUAUUUCUGUAAUUAAGAUCAUUUUUGGUAGGACCCAGAAGUAUAUCAAACAUCUUGUUUUCAACACGAUGUGGUAGGUUAGGUUUGAGCAAUUUUCAUUAGCCUGACGCAAUCCAAUUCGAUUCAAGAGUAUUCGGAAGGAGGCACUUUCCAGUUCUCUCGUUGUCAUGAAUAAAUUUGUGCUGUUGAUAUGAAGGGCUUGAUUUCUUUUCAA